AUGGCCUCUUCCGAGCCCGAAUACAUGGCCGAGCCGCCAGAGGGCCAAGGGCGAUUCGAUGCAGGCACCAUCACAACCAGCGCGCUUGCGUUGGGCGGAAUACUGACUUCACUUUCCAUCAUCUUCGUCAGUCUGCGAGCCUUCACGAGGCUAUCCCUUGUGAGACGAGGACUUGGUCCCGAUGACUAUCUCAUUGGUAUUUCGCUGGCUUUGGCCAUUAUCUUCUAUGGGCUCUCAGUCAAAUUGUGCGAGCUCGGCGUGGGUGCUCACCUUUGGCAAGUCGAGCAAGCCGACUACUCGCCCUCAUUCCUCCUUCAUAGCAUCGUCACGAUAGUGGUCUACUCACUCAGCGUAACCACGGCAAAACUGUCGCUCCUCGUCCUUUACUUGCGUCUUUCACCCGAGCGGUGGUUCAGGAUCGUGACAAUGACCCUCAUUGGCUUCGCAACCUCAUAUGCACUGGUAUACAUGUUUCUCAUUCUGCUUAGCUGCAGGCCAAUCCAGGCCUCAUGGGAUCUUUCGGUGAGGGAGGGAGCGAUAUGUAUCGACAAAAACCCGGUCUACUUGGUGCUCAGUGCCACCAACAUCAUCAUGGAUGUCGUGUGCCUUGUUCUUCCUCUGAAGAUCAUCAUACCUCUGCAUAUGGCCAAGCGGCAGAAGCUGUCCCUAAUCCUACUCUUUGCUACAGGAGGCUUUGUCUGUAUAUGUGCCAUCAGACGCACGAUUCUUUUACCGCCUCUGUUCAAAAGUACGGACUACACUUUCGACAUCGAUAAGCAACUGAACUGGGCGUCGAUCGAAGUCAACGCCGGUAUCGUUUGCGCCUCCGUUCCGGCGCUCAAGCCUUUCUUCGUUCGCUAUCUGCCCUUGUUUGUCACGUCGCACAUCACCGGCUCCAAAUCGAAGAAAACAACUCCAAAGUACCAGAAUUACCAGCACUCAAAUCCAUACUCGACCACAAUCGAAGCCAACAAGAAGCGGCGCAAUGUUCAGUCAGAGGCUUACGCGCUGCACUCGCGUGAUGACCUAUCUCUUUCUUCAAACGAUGUGCGCAAGAAUGGGUCCAAGGAAGAUAUUGCGAGGCUAUGGUCCGGUAAUGCAUUCCGCAAAGAUAGCAACAGUCACCGCAAGACCAUCAUAGAGUCGAAUGUCAUAGACGCAGAUGAUAGAAGCGCAGUCAUGAUCGACGAGAUACAACCAGUGGUGGAAACCACCCGCCGAGGGAAGCCGCCGCAGAGAGUGGCAAGCAUGAACGGUAUCAGGGUCACCACAGAGACGCGGGUUGAGUACGAGGUGCCAUGGCCAGACCAUCACAGUCCCAGGGGAUGA